UACUUUGGUCCUGAAAGAAAACAAAUCGAUUCCACAACUUCCCUAUCCACACCAAACCACAUUUCCGAUUGACGCCAUGGUUGAUAUCACCAACAGAAUCGGAGAAGCUGAGCGCCUCAAAUCUUUGAACGGUUUGAGCUGCGAAGUAAAAUAUACAGAGAUCAAUGACCUAGCUCGAAGAACCUCGGAAGUAAUUCUGUACUGCGCCGCAUCAUUGAGUGCAAAGAGGAAGCUCUUCGGCAACGGUGGACCAAGAAAUCAAACGCGCAGCGACGUAAAAUAUUACAAGAUUGCGGUAUUAGAUUAUCUGAAACGCAUCGCGCAGACUACACACAACUUCUUCAUCGCAGGUGAACCCUGA